AUGGCAGCCCACGAUGACGCCCCAAAGUCUUCGUCCAUGCCAUCAACUCCACAGUCUUUCUUGUACUAUGAAACUGACAGUCCAUUUCCCCCAUCGGGCAAUGAGGAGCUCUGGCACAGCUCAAAGCGUCGUCGCACUCAACAGAGACCAUCGAGUGAGACGCAAUUUAUUCACAUGAAUGGCUACAAGAGCGACAGCCAGCUGGGCACACGCUUCAACAAUACUUAUGUUGAUUCGUAUUCGGACUCCAAGACUUUUGAUAAUACGCAGAACAAGUCUGGUGACGCAGCCUCGGUACCCGAGGAUGCCGCAGGCACAGCUGCUGAAACUGCUUCAAAGGCGAGUGACGACCUGCUUGAGGUCUCUUCAGCAAAGUCAGUCCGUAGCGCCCGCAAACCAAUGGAACGCUCAACAGAGACCUCUCAGCGAGUUUUGAAAGUAAAGUCUGGCGCUGGGUCAUCGCAACCGACGAAUAUUCAGACCUUUAUCUUCAAAACAAAACUGGAUCCACGGAAUAUUGGCUACAGAGACCGUUCAGAUGAGCCUGGUACACCCUCCUCAGUGAACGAGACUCCCGAAGUGCAGAUGGAAAGUUCUCCUGCUGAGCCAUCAACGCGACCAACUCGCAAGACCCGCAAGUCUGAAGUGUCCAACAUGCUUAAAUUCAAGAGCUAUACACCUAAUGCUACACCUGUCCUGCGUGGCAAUAAUGCAUCGCGCAAACCAUCUCGCCAAGAGCAGUCUGUAGAUGCUGAAUCGCCAGCGCCUACUACUGCCGACGACAGAACAUACUUGGAUCCUUUUGAGCAAGAUAGACGCCUAAGCCUUGAUAAAAUGAGUCAGUUCGAGACGCCUAGGAAAGAAGACGGUUUAGGAGGUUCUAGUGAUUCGGCACAACGACGAAGCACCAGAGUCCGCAAGCCCGCAAAGAAUGUUUUACUAGAGGAGGCUCCCAAGGAAACUCCUAAGAAAGAGAAAUCCACCAAAGAGCAUGGAUCGACGACACAAUCAUCCAAGUCACUCGGCAAGUCUGCCAAUACCACUGCAAUUGAACCAGAUUCAUAUAAAUCUCCCCCUGCUCGUCAAUCUGACGCAGUUUAUCCGUAUGGUGAUGCUUUUGAUCGAUACGGCACACCUUCACCUGAUGGUUUAUCUAAUAAACGCUCCUCUGGACGUGUACGAAAACCUACAAUCAAGGCAAUCGAAGCUUUGCAGUCCAAGCCACACAGUCGAAAGAGGCUACGAAAUUCUGACCAUUUUGUCGCUUCGGGUGAGACUACUCAAAAUCAAGGCAAAGGUACACCAGAACCUGCCGACACUGCGAACACUUCUACUGCCCCGACAUCUCGCAGUGCUAGCGGAGAUAGUAGCAAUGCACCAUCUGUCUCUAUGGAUGAAUUCGAUAAUCUCGGUCUGCAACUCUACGAUUUGGCAAGCACCGCAAUUGGGGAUGCGGCAUCUGUGGAAGAUGAGGAGGCGAAGAUUGCCGCAUGGCGUGAGGCUUUCAAUAAGAAGAGGAUUGAGCAAGUCCCGACGCCUGUUGAACAAGCGGCGGAAGCGACUGAACCCGAACCAGAACCAGAAGCCCCAGCAAAGGAAAUUCCACCAGUCAUUGAAUACCUCAAUCUUCCCGGUGAAAUCAAUGCUGAUAUCCCUCUGGAUCACCCUCAGAGACCACGCCCUUUUACCGAGGAAGAUGGCUGGAUGCACACCGGUCGCGUCAACCAACACGGUGAGGAAUAUUGUCUUGCCCCCGCCGAGAAAUAUCAAUGGGUCAAACAUACAUCAAAUUACAAAACGCCUAUUGGACCGAUUCCUACCCCGCCCCCUGUCCUCAAGUCAGUUGACGAGAUUCGACGUGAUACUAUCUACGGCUUCCCACCUAGUCCCGGCAAACGAAAUCUAUCUCAAAGGCAUCCCGGCCAAGUAUGGCGAUUUGAGAACGUGGAAGGUCUGGUUAGCCAGACUCCUACUCAUACCAAAUCACUCCGCUCAUCCGACCGAUCCGUCGCCAAACAGGUUGAUGCCAUGAAUGUUGAUGAUUCUGGCAUGAAGACGAGGUAUAUCCACAAAAAGGGAUUCCCGCGUUUCAAACGACCUCUUAAGAUUGUCUUUGUCGAUUCUUCGAAACUUGCUCUACCUGCUCCGUCUGAAUCUACUGCAUCUUUGCGCAGGCGGCGUCAGAGUGCACCGCUCUCUGCAGGAGCAAAUUCUACUCCUAGCAAGACACGAAAGCGCUCGUUUGAUAUGACUGAUGGAAGCCACGCUGAAAGCUCCGCGCAAGCUCAGCCGCAGCGCAAAAAGCGACAGUCAAUUGUGAAAGCCGACGGAAAAUCAGCCCCAGGGCGUCCGAAACGUCAGUCAGCUGUCGGCACCGUCAACAACAAUAAGAGCAGCGGCACUAAUCCUUCGACUCCAGCGACCGCACCGCCAAAAUCAACCAGCAGCGGCGCAAAACCAACCGGCGGCUUGGAGAAGCUUUCACUCAAAUUUCACUUUGGAAACCACAACAAAUAG